AUGGAGGCAAAGGCAGCUUAUCAUUCAAAAUUUACAAAUGCUUCAAGGCGUACUGGCAAUAUGGCCAUAUUGCCCCUUCGCACUAAAGUUCGCGGCCCAGCACCUCAAGAUCCUAGUCUGGAGGAGGAUAUCAUCGACGAAGCUCUCACCUACUUUAAACCACUCACUUUCUUCCGAAAUUAUGAGUUCAAAAGCGAGGCUGACCGUGUUCUAGUCUACCUUGUUCUUUACAUACUGGAAUGUUUAAAGAAACUCCAAAGGUGCUCAACUAAGUCCCAGGGUUCAAAAGAGCUCACCUCCCUUUCUCUUGCUCGAUUUGAUCUGCCAGGGGAAGCAGGUUUCCCCCGAGAGUUAAGCAAUUACUAUGCGAAACCCUCAAUGGCUGAAGCCAAUGUCAUGCGUGAAUACAUGACGCAGCUUCGUACAGAACUUGGUCUUAGACUUUUGGAUAAAGUAUAUGAAGAUGAUCGUUCUCAGCCUAGCAAGUGGUGGCUAUGUUUCUCCAAACGUAAAUUCCUCGAUCAAAGCCUUUCUGCCCCAGGAUACUAA